CUCAGUACCUGACAUGCAAAUCCAUUGGAGGACCGGUUAAAAUGGCGGAUAUGCACAGUCAUCACAGGUGUAUGACUGUCUACACAGAAAGUCUCCUGCCACAGCCUCCCACACCCACCACUGCCAUUCUCUCUCCACCACUCUGUCCAGAGAGAAUGCAAAUUUUUCCUGUGAUUUUACUGGGAUGUUUCACUUGCAGAUUGUCUAGGAAUAAAACUGUAGUUGUGAAGGGGGAUAUAUAUGCUAGUGAGUAACAGAUCUCAUCAGCUGUUUCAGUUUUCAACAUCAAAGUGUACAUUUUAAGAACAAACUAAAGCAAGAAAUGCCAAGAUCUUUUCUUGUGAAGAAAAAGCGCAGUGCCUGCGGUGCAUGGCAAUGGAAAGAACCAGAACAGCAUCAAUGGAAAGAGGACAAUACUAUACUGACAGAAAAUACUAUGGAGAGGAUAAUAUUCAAUCAUGACAUCCAACAGCCCCGAGCAGGGAAUCACUUAGAACAGAUUGUAGGACGUGGGACAACAGUGGAAGUUAGAGUCCCAGUAUCUUCCACAGGAUCAGGGGACCAAGGAUCAGAAAUCAGAAGCUGGUCAAAAAUGGGGCCUUUCGGUUUUCCAGCCACAUUAGCUUCCGUCAGCAGAGCAAAGGCCCGCCCUCGCAGUACGCCUGUUUCAGGUGAUUUUGGGUGCUCACUGUGCCACAAAAUCUUUCCCCUGCAGCGCAUGUUGACACGCCACCUCAAAUGCCACAGUCUUGUAAAGAGACACCCCUGUCGAUUCUGUGGCAAAGGAUUCAAUGACACCUUUGACCUCAAGAGGCACAUGCGAACACACACAGGUAUCCGUCCCUACAAAUGUGAGCUGUGUGAGAAAGCUUUCACACAACGUUGCUCUCUGGAGUCCCAUAUGAGAAAGAUUCACGGUGUUCACCAGCACUAUGCCUACCGACAGAGACGCUCUAAGAUCUUUGUAUGUGAGGACUGUGGCUAUACCUCAAGCCGGCCUGAUGAGUACUUCCUUCAUGUGAGGCAACAUCAUCCAACCAGUCCUGCACUCCGUCGCUACUAUCGCCGACACGCCCAUGAGAACAGCUCACUUUCAUCAGCAAAUUCUAAACUCAACCCUUAUCUCUUGUACUCAGCCCAAACAUACUACAUGUAGAGUUCAUUGUAUUUCUUGAGUCAUGUGAAAACCAAUAUGUAAGUUGCAUUUAUUUCAAGGUAUUUCACUGUCAUUCAUUAAGAAAUACUGGAUUGGAUUAAAUGUUUCAUUGUGCAGCAUCUAUUUUCCCCUAAUAUUAAACAAUCUUUGGUGUCAACAAUCAUGCUAUGCUUUGAGUCGAUAUUUUCUGUCAAGAAUUGAAAAAUAGAUGUCCUACAAAUACCAAUUAUUUUACUCAAUUAUAACUCUUUUCUUUCUUGAACAAAUAGUUCUAAGGUAUUUGAGGAUAAACUGAACCUUGUCUUCUCCUGCUUGAUAGUCUAAACAUUAAAGUAAAAAAUCAGGAGCAAAGUCAAUUAAGUACUAGAUAACUAUUGAUAUACUAGGGUAAGGUAUAGAUUAGU